AUGCGGAUCAAAGGGCCGCAGAAGAACGUCAGCAGGCGUGAGGAAACGAAGGCAGUGAAAAGCAAAGUAACCACCAUUCUUGAGCAUGCGGAUGACUCGGCAACGGACUCACUGCUACUCACCGAAACGUGGCUGCAGUCAACGAACACUGUCAAGGUUAACGAGCUACAGGCGACUGGUAAAGUGUUCAAAGGAAUCGGCAGGAUCGAUCGCAUGGGUAGCGGCGUUGGGGGUCUCUUGUCACCCGACAUCAUGUGUGAUGCCAAGGCCAAUACUACCAAUUUCUCCACAUUCGAGCAUGUCGAGCUUGUUUUGAAAACGCCUCUGAGGAUGAAAGUGUUUGUUGUCUAUCGCCCGCCAGUGAAGUCAGUUGUGACUCCGUUCCUCGAGGAAUUUGCUGAUUUCCUUGACAGCUUUGUUUCGUAUCCUGGAAAACUCCUUAUCGGCGGUGAUUUCAACUUUCACAUGGACAAUCUGGAGGAUUCGUCCACCAUCCGUUUCAAUGACUUACUUCGCUCAUUCGAUCUCGUGCAACGCGUCACUGGGCCCACGCAUAAAAAGGGACAUACAUUAGACCUACUUAUCACUCGAUCAGCGGACUCUUUUGUCAGUAACGUGGAAGUCGUGAACCAUCUUAUUUCCGACCAUUACAGUAUCAACUUGGAUGUCCGUCUGGAUAAGCCCGAAACAGGCCGUAAAGCGGAACACACAACUAGGGACUACCGCUCAAUGGACCGAACAACUUUCUUUACUCAGCUUGAUGAGAAACUGCAGUCUGUCGAUACUGCAAGUGACACAGACUCAAUGUUCUGUCAGUAUAAUGGUGCUGUAAGGACUCUUCUAAACGAGCACGCACUGAUAAUUUCCCGACAACGUAAACCUAGGACCCGCGCACCGUGGUACACGGCUGAAGUUCAUCAACUUCGGCGGGAACGCCGUCGUACUGAACGAGCAUGGAGGAAGUCAGGCCUAGUUGUGCACAAGGAAAUCUUCAUUCAGGCGAGAGACUGUGUAAAUCGCUGUGUCGAGAAAGCCAAGGCCACGUACUAUAAAGAUCGCCUGCAGAGUGGAGACAAGAACGUGAUAUUCAGGGUACUCAAGCACCUGCUCAACACGUCUGGGUGCUCGCUACCCGACCACGACAGUGAGAAGCAGAUCUGCAAUGACUUUGUUAACUUCUUCACUUACACCAUUUUGUCUAAAACUUGA